CAGCCCCAUUGAAAAAUUUAAUUCCCGCCCAGUGAGCGGUCGAGGGAAAACGAAAGUGGAAGUAAUCGACAGAGAAACGAGAGAAGAGAAUGGCGAAGAAGGGAAAUGCGAGCACAAUGGAUGACGUUGAUCGGUUGUUCGAAUGCUUCAAGUGUGGCAUCUCUCCUCCUCAAUCUGCUGUAAGGGAAAGAAAAAGACGUAAAAGCAAGCUGAAUCAAGAAAAUUCAGCAAGAAAGGUCUCUGCAUCACCUUGUACGCCUUCCUUAGGAUCAGCCGAACAAGGAAAGGAAACUCCAAACAAUGCACAACUCUCCGUUGGGAAGUGUGUUUCAACAAUGGUGAAGGUCGGAAAAUUUAGCGGUGGGAAACGGAUCUCACCAGUUAUAUUUUAUGGGUCUCCACAUGGCAUCCCUCCAAAAAGGCCAUUGAGUCUGCUGCGUUUGUUACAUGAAAUUCGCAUUGAACUCAGUGAACAAGAGAAAUUCAAUUUAAGAACAGAAGUAUGGGCUACAUUUCCAAGACAGGAUGAAGCAGUAAAGUUUGCUAAAGGACAUGCCAAUGCACUUGUUUUUAGUUAUCAAGACCACUAUAGUGGGCAAAGAAGAUAUCUUGCUUCUACAUAUGAGGAGUUCUGGAAGAGGUACAAAAUUAUGGAUUCAAAACUUCGCCAUCACUACGAAGUGAUUCAGGAGGGUUUUCCAUGCCACCUGUAUUUCGAUUUGGAGUUCAAUAAGAGAGACAAUGUGGGAAGGGAUGGAGACGAAAUGGUUGAUCUCUUGAUUUCGGUCAUUCUAGAGGCCUUACUUGAAAAAUAUUCUAUCAAUGGAAAUCAAGAUUGGGUGGUGGAACUUGAUUCAUCUACAGAAGAGAAGUUUUCCCGCCAUUUGAUCAUGCGCAUACCAAAGACAGCAUUUAAGGACAACUCACAUGUGGGUGCAUUUGUUGCAGAGAUAUGCUCACGUAUAGCAAGUGCAAGGGAAAGGGAUAAAAGGUUUGAAACAUUAUAUGUGAAAAAUGCUUCGACCUCUGCUGAAUCACCUGGCCAACUUUUUGUGGACACUGCUGUAUAUUCUAGAAAUCGAUGCUUUCGUCUGGCUCUAUCAUCAAAGGCAGGAAAGGCUUCCUUCCUCUUACCUACCGGGCGAUUCAAAUGUAAGGAAAUGGGUGAGGUGGACAUGUUCAUGGCAUCCCUAAUCUGCAACAUGGAUGUUGAUUGUGAGAAAUUUUUGGUGUGCAAGAUGGAAUUAGAUUGUGUCAAGACUCUGCACUUUGAGACAGAGGUAACCAGUAAUUUUGGAAGAUAUUGCAGAGCUCCUCAAGAAAACACUUACAUUAGUGAUGUUUCUACAACAUACUUAACGGGAAAGUCACCCUUCCCAUCUUUGGAUGAAUUUAUAGAAUCAAUUGCCUCCACCGGGAAUGCAUCAGGGAAAAUUCGAAGCUGGUAUUGGUUCUCUGAGUAUGGAUUAAUUGUUUACAGCAUGUCAAGAAAUAGAUACUGUGAGCGAAUUGGUAGAGAGCAUAAGAGCAAUCAUGUGAUGUAUGUUGUUGAUAUGAGAAGGGCAGCUUAUUAUCAGAAAUGUUAUGAUCCAGAUUGCAAAGCAGGUUACCGAUCUCCCUUGCGUCCAAUCCCAACGGACUGCAUCCCUGAUUCUUCAUUUUUCUUUGAUUCUAGACAGAUAGUCGAUGACGAUGGGUUAACAAGUAACGAUCUUGAAUAUCAAUUUGUCAACAAUGACAAUGGAAGGGUCUUGCUUUACAGCAAUGAAAGUGAUAUAGAUGACUGCACUAAAGAUUCAUGGUGGCUUGAAGCUGUAAAAGUUGCAGACAAUAUUGACAGCAAGCCAGAAAGACUGAUGUUCAAUGACAUGGAAAACAUGAGCGAUGAAGAUGACGACUGGUGGGUAGCAGUCGAAAGGACUGCAUCUCAGGCAGAGCUUAAGCACUUAAGCUAAUUCAAGGAUUAAAACAGAUUUUGGCUAAAUAUUCCAGCUUUCACCCUAUGGGAGCGAAGGAAUCUUAUUCUGGGACAUUAACUUGGAAAGGCAAUUUGGGAAUUCAAAUCCUGAUUGAUGGGCUGCCAAUUGCCAAAUAUCCAAAAAAGAGUGCCACCUUGUGAUUGCAGGAGAUGCGGGAACAGGGGUUUGUACAGUUCUACGAGUCUUUAACUUGACAAGCUAAGGUAUCAAUGAAAUUUUCUUGAAUAUAAAUGCUUAACAUAGCUCUCUAAAGAACCAGAGCCAAUAGUCUAGUAAAGCCAGUAUUGAAAGUUUACCCUACGUUGGUAGAUAAAACCAGGUGUGAGAACAUUUUGUUAAUUAUGCACUUUUAGAAGGAUAUACAAGCGAUGGAACUUGUAAGAGUAAUCUUCAAACGAUAAAAUGUAUUCGAAAUUUUGAUUUUCUUCUUUCAAA